UAUCGGGAUCGGGGUUACGAAAUAAAUUGCUUCCGGCAAGCGUCUUGCUUUGUGUUGAUUGAAAACAUUAGUAUAGGUGUUAUAAUAAACAACAAAUAAGUUUGCAGAUAUAAAAUUGAUGUACACAUGGAGGAGAAGAAGCGAUCUCCUUCGGAAGAAGACAACGAUGAGGAGGGAAGACGUUCUAGCCGAAGGAAGAAGGCUAAGGUGCGUCCCGAAUAUCCUCAGUUGGUUGAAUAUAAAGAGGCAGAUGAACAAGUGACCACUGUAUCUGAUGAAGAGACAUCUGGUCAAGUGGAAUCAGAUGAAGAGAAGAAAGACAAACAACCGGAGGAAAAAAAGCCACCUCCACUACAACCGGUCAAGACGGAUCCAGAGCCGGAACCAGAAAAUGACAGUGAAAACGAUGACCCAACAGGUCUAGAGGGAGCAGCAUUCCAGAGCAGAGUUCCAUUUGACAAGAUGACAUCACAGGAGGCAGCCUGUUUCCCUGAUAUCCUCCAGGGCCCCCCUCAAUCUCAGAAGGUCUUCUUACACCUCAGGAAUAGAAUUCUUCAGUUGUGGCUGGAAAAUCCUAAACAACAGCUAACGUUUGAGGUGGCCCUGCCGCAGAUUGAGGCCCCCUACAACAGUGAUGGGCCUCUUGUAAUGAGGGUACACGCUUACCUAGAAAGAUUUGGUUACAUCAACUUUGGUGUGUUCAAAAGGUUGAAGCCUCUACCAGUGAAGAAACAUGGGAAGGUAAUAAUCAUUGGAGGCGGAAUAGCCGGCUUGACAGCAGCCAGACAGCUAAUGGCCUUCGGAAUGGACGUCACAAUUCUUGAAUCCAGGGACAGAGUUGGGGGUCGGGUAGCCACCUUCAGAAAGAAUAAUUACGUAGCAGACCUCGGCGCCAUGGUGGUCACAGGGCUAGGUGGAAAUCCAAUGACGAUACUGAGCAGGCAGAUCAACAUGGAACUGCAUAAAAUUAAACAGAAAUGUCCGCUGUACGAAACCAGCGGGAGUACGGUACCCAAGGACAAGGAUGAAAUGGUGGAGAGGGAGUUCAAUCGUUUGUUGGAGGCGACCUCUUAUCUUUCUCAUCAGAUGGACUUUAACUUUGUCAACAACAAGCCCGCCUCCCUGGGACAGGCUCUGGAGGCAGUCAUCAGAAUGCAGGAGAAACAUGUGAAGGAGAAGCAGUGCGAACAUCAGAGAAACAUCAUGGAGCUGCAGGAGAAACUGAAGAAGAACCAGACUGCGAUGCUGUCCCUGAAAGACAAGGUGGAGGAAUUACACAAGCAGUGGAAGGAAGCUACUGAAGUCAAGCCACCAAGGGACAUAACUGCUGAGUUCUUAGUCAAGAGCAAGCUCAGGGAUCUCAACACAGCCUGCAAAGAAUAUGAACAGCUCCAAGCACAGCAGAAAGAGAUUGAAGACAAACUUCAAGAGCUGGAAACAUCAUCUCCCAGAUUUGGUUGCAGUGAUGUGUACCUAUCAUCGCGUGACAGACAAAUCCUCGACUGGCACUUUGCCAACCUGGAAUUCGCCAAUGCCACGCCCCUUUCCCUUUUGUCACUCAAACACUGGGACCAGGAUGAUGACUUUGAAUUUUCUGGGAGUCAUCUAACAGUUCGCAAUGGCUACUCUUGUGUCCCAGUGGCUUUAGCGGAGGGACUGGACAUCAAACUGAACACAGCGGUCAGAAAGUGCAAUCACUCGGCCACAGGGGUGGAGCUAGUGGUCAGCAAUGCCAAAAAUAACACCAACCAGCAGACCCUGAAAGCAGACGCGGUCCUGUGUACCCUCCCACUGGGCGUGCUCAAGGAGUGCAUCAAAGGAAAUGGUCUGAACUGUGUUCAUUUUAAUCCUCCCCUGCCAGAGUGGAAGUCGUCAGCCAUUCAGAGGAUGGGAUUCGGAAACCUUAACAAAGUAGUCCUUUGUUUUGACAGAGUGUUCUGGGACCCUAAUGCUAACCUGUUUGGACACGUCGGCAGCACCACUGCGAGCCGCGGUGAACUGUUCCUUUUCUGGAAUCUCUACAAGGCUCCUGUGUUACUGGCCCUGGUUGCCGGGGAAGCUGCUGCCAUCAUGGAGAACGUCAGCGAUGAUGUCAUAGUGGGACGCUCGCUUGUCGUCCUCAAGGGGAUAUUUGGAAACAAUGCAGUACCCCAGCCUAAAGAGACCUUGGUGACACGGUGGAGGGCAGACCCCUGGGCCCGGGGGUCCUACUCGUUUGUAGCAGCGGGAUCCUCAGGCAAUGAUUAUGAUCUGAUGGCCACACCAGUCUCUAAUUCCUCAGGCAGUCUGCCACGCCUCUUUUUUGCGGGGGAACACACCAUCAGGAACUAUCCUGCCACAGUCCACGGAGCUUUGCUGAGUGGACUCCGCGAGGCAGGACGAAUAGCGGACCAGUUCCUGGGAGCUCCGUAUGCGCUACCAACUCACAAAAGUGAGGGCGUGAAGACGUAACAGAUGCAUCUGUCAUUUGAAAGUCAUUAACAUUUUCGAGAUGUACCAACAUGUCAAUGGCUGACGUGUAUGAAUGUAAAUGCAGGUUAUCCUGCUAGUUUUCUACUGCAAGAGCCAAAUGCAUCGGUUAAAAAAAUGGCAGCAACGAACAUUAAUGAUUGCAUUCAAUGGGUGGCAUCAAUUCAUUGGCUUUCUCUGUUGUGUGUUUAGUGUUUUAAUAUGUAUACAAUGGUACGUCCAUCUUUUUCACAUUUUUUUCUCAGAAACAUUGACACAUUUCAUUAUCAUACUACUAGAAUCACUGUGUUGUUCUUGGCAUUCUUUUAUCAUUUUACAUGAAGUCAUUUGCUCACAUAAAAACAGGUGUUUUAUGAUCCAAUAAAACAUGUGACAACAGAAA